AUGGCGGCCCUCAAUGUGCUGUUGUCCGGCUGCGGACGGUUUCUCAGAGGGCUGCUGACAGGCCCGACCGUGACCAACUGGGCUAGGCCACCAGCCCGCGCGUUCAGGGAAGUGGUGGAGAUCCAAGAAGGGAAGACGACUAUACUUGAAGGCCGAAUCACAGGGACUCCCAAAGAAAGUCCAAAUCCCCCCAACCCCUCUGGCCAGUGCCCCAUCUGCCGCUGGAACCUGAAGCACAGGUAUAGCUAUGAGGAUGUUCUGUUGCUCAGUCAGUUCAUCCGGCCACAUGGGGGCAUGCUGCCCCGGAGGAUCACCGGGCUGUGCCAGGAAGAGCAUCGCAAGAUUGAGGAGUGUGUGAAGAUGGCCCACCGAGCAGGUCUGCUCCCAAAUCACAGGCCCAAGCUUCCUGAAGGAUUUGUUCCAAAGACCAGACCCCGACUCAACAGGUACCUGACCCGCUGGUCUCCCCGCUCCGUCAAGCCCAUCUACAACAAGGGCCGCCGCUGGAACAAGGUGCGCAUGGCCGUGGGGUCCCCCCUCCUGAAGGACAACGUUUCCUACACGGGCAGGCCUCUGGUGCUGUAUCACUGA